AUGGCAAGGCUUUUGCCGUGCCUAGUGUAUACUUUGGCUUUUUGCUUGUUAGCCAUCAAUGUAGCGGCAGACGAUGACAAGCCUUAUGUUUAUGCUUCUCCACCUCCACAACAGGUGUAUCGAUAUCAUUAUAAGUCACCACCACCGCCCCCGCCUGCAUAUUACUACAAGUCACCACCACCGCCACCAUCCCCAUCUCCACCUCCUCCAUAUUACUACAAGUCCCCACCUCCCCCAUCCCCAUCCCCACCCCCAUCAUAUCAUUACAAAUCCCCUCCACCACCUUCUCCAUCUCCUCCUCUUCCUCCUCCAUACUAUUAUAAAUCACCACCACCACCAUCAUUAUCUCCACCGCCCCCUUAG